UGCGGCGGGCUCGGGGUCCACUGUGGGCGCCUGCGCGCGCACACACGGCAGCCAAUCUGCUCGCGGCUUUCCUGCCAAAGCCCUUUGACCCCGCGUCCCUUGGCCGGCAGCGGGAGGCUCUGAGUGUUGAGCCUGGGCCCUAGGCCACCUAAGGUCCGUCCUGUCACUCUCACCCCCAGAUUCUUGUUUAGCAAAGCAUUUGUUAUCUUGGACUUUAAAGUAUGUCAUCAUGGCAAAAUUUCGGAGAAGGACUUGCAUCAUUUUGUCACUUUUUAUUCUAUUUAUUUUCUCUCUGAUGAUGGGUUUAAAAUUGCUGAGACCAAAUUCAGCUACUUUUGGAGCUCCUUUUGGACUUGACCUUCUUCCAGAACUUCAUCAACAAACUAUUCAUUUGGGGAAAAAAACUGAUUUUCAAAAGAGUGACAGAAUCAACAGUGAAACAAAUACCAAGAAUUUAAAAAGUGUUGAAAUCACUAUGAAACCUUCCAAAACUUCUGAACUUAACCUGGAAGAACUGCCACCUCUGAAUUAUUUUUUGCAUGUAUUUUAUUACAGUUGGUAUGGAAACCCACAAUUUGAUGGUAAAUAUAUACAUUGGAAUCAUCUAGUCUUGGAGCAUUGGGACCCUAGAAUAGCCAAGAAUUAUCCACAGGGGAGACACAGUCCUCCAGAUGACAUUGGCUCCAGCUUUUAUCCUGAGUUGGGAAGUUACAGCUCUCGGGAUCCUACUGUCAUAGAAACUCACAUGAGACAGAUGCGUUCAGCUUCCAUUGGUGUACUAGCUCUAUCUUGGUACCCACCUGAUUCAAGUGAUGAGAAUGGAGAAGCUACUGAUAACUUGGUACCGACUAUUUUGGAUAAAGCUCAUAAAUAUAAUCUGAAGGUUACUUUUCACAUAGAACCAUAUAACAACCGAGAUGAUGAAAACAUGUACAAAAAUGUCAAGUACAUUAUAGACAAGUAUGGAAAUCACCCAGCCUUUUAUAGGUAUAAGACAAAGACUGGAAAUGCUCUUCCUAUGUUUUAUGUCUAUGAUUCCUAUAUCACUAAACCUGAAAAAUGGGCCAAUCUGUUAACCACGUCAGGGUCUCAGAGUGUUCGCAAUUCUCCUUAUGAUGGAUUAUUUAUUGCACUUCUCGUAGAAGAAAAACAUAAAUAUGACAUUCUUAAAAGUGGCUUUGAUGGAAUUUACACAUAUUUUGCCACAAAUGGAUUUACUUAUGGUUCAUCACAUCAGAAUUGGGCUAACCUAAAAUACUUUUGUGAUAAAUACAAUUUAAUAUUUAUUCCAAGUGUGGGCCCAGGAUACAUAGAUACCAGCAUUCGUCCCUGGAACUCUCAAAACACUCGGAACCGAAUCAAUGGGAAGUAUUAUGAAGUUGCGCUUAGUGCUGCUCUUCAGACACACCCCAGUUUAAUUUCUAUCACCUCUUUUAAUGAGUGGCAUGAAGGAACUCAAAUUGAAAAAGCUGUACCCAAAAGAACCAGUAAUACAGUUUACCUGGAUUAUCGGCCUCAUAAACCAAGUCUUUAUCUGGAACUAACUCGCAAGUGGUCUGAAAAAUACAGUAAGGAUAGAACAACUUACACAUCAGAUCAACAGCUACAUUGAUUAAGGUUUAAUAAUUACAAGAAGCACCUCAUUUUAAUAAAUGACUUUAGUUUUGAAUUAUGAAAAAAACUAUAAAAAUCAAUAUGCAUUAUUGCUGUUAUAAUUUUUACCUUUUUAAAAGAGUAUUAUCAUUGCCACUUAUUAUCAUAUUGCACUGAGUAAAUAUGUAACAGAAAUUGUGUAAAUAACAUUCCUGUGGCAUUAUUUAUUACAUGUCUGGCUUAAAUUGAAGUUUUAAUUUGAUGGCAGGUUUUUUUUUUUCACAUUAGAUAAAUGCUUGUGUUACAGAAAUCAGUUAGCACACAGUAAAUUCCUGCUUGCCUCCUGUGCAUUUAGUAUGUCCAAAGAAAAACAAACAAAACAUGGUGUAUGUGUUUCAUUUCUAAUUUUGACCAUGAUUCAAUCAACUUUAUUGUAUUAAUAUUCAGACUCUGGACAACUUUCCCAUAGUGAUGAAAUGUUUAAGUAUAAUAUAAUCACUCUUACAAUUUUCCUGUGAACUUAAAAUUGCUGUAAAUAAUAGUCUUUUUGUUUUUUUUUUAAUAAGAUAUCUUAAGGCUAACUGUGAACCAUAUUGUGUUUGGAAGAUUUCUUUUCCACAGCACAAUCUGUAUCACCAUUUUAAGGUCUCUGAUUACUUGUAGCUUGCUUGGUGUUUUGCAUCUUUAGAGUGUUUCUUAUGCUGCAUUCCAGAUAUUAGAAACUGUGGGAAAUACUUUAUAAAAGUAAGUGGUUGCCUCUCGAUUAUUAGGAAAGCAUUCCUUUCCUGAUUGUGUUCAAUAUAUAGUGCCCCAAGUAUUAUUUUGGGGAUUCUUUGCCAAUCUUUAGUUACUGUUUAUUAUUCAUGUCUCAAAAUUUUAUGUUAACGACCAACUGUUAACUACAAAAGCAAAAAGUUAAUACUAUUAUUGGAUUGUUUUUAAUGUUUUAAAUUGUUUUUUAUCAUAGAUAAUAGAACCCAGUGGUAUUCUACUACUGAGCUACACACCUGCCCCUACCCAAUCCCUAUUCUUUUUUUUUUUUUUUUGAGACAGAGUCCAAAUUGCAAUCCUCUUGCUAUAGUCAUCCAAUUUAUAAUCCUCUUGCCUCAGUCUCAGAAUCCUUGGGAUUAUAAGCAUGCAUACUGGGUCCAGUUACUUAUUACUUUAGAUAUAAAAGAAACAAAUUCCAAAUUCUUUCAUAUUUAAAGUAAUCUCUGAAAAAUACAAUACUUUGAAUUCUUGUACAUACUGAUAUUCCAAUUGAAAAUAUUAUUAUGGUAUCUGUCAGGUUAACAUACUUAUGAUCAGUAAGUGUCAGAUUGUGACAAAUUGAUCACUGUGUGCUGUGUGCUAACAGGUGAUCUUUUUAACUUUAAAAACAAAAGAAUAAUACAAUGCACUCUAUUAUUCUACUUAAUAUUUGUAACUACAUACAAUGAAAAUCUAAUAUAUAUUCUUUCAUGUAAAUGUUACUUGUUACAUAUUUAAUUCUACUAAGAAGAAACAGGGAAAUGCUAACAAAUUUUGCAUAUGAAUCUUCUGAGUAUAAAAAUAUUCAGAAACAAAUUAAUACUGGAAGUUAUAAUAAAAUAAUCCUUCAAAUAAAAAGAUUUUUUGAAGUAAAAUUUCAUAUUUCUGAGAAAAUGCAUCAUUAAUGUUAAAUUUAUUUAUAACUUAAAAGUUGUUAUUUCCCAGAGAAUAAUCAGGCCACAGAAAAUUAGAUUCUCUGAGGAAAUUAUAAGAAUGAAUCACUAUAAUGAUAUUUUAAUACAACCAAGCAUCUUCAGAGCGAUAGUCAUACAAAUGUAACCUGUUGAUUUUUUCGUUCAUAUCCAAUUAACCACUAUAUAUUAUUAUAAAGGUAAAUUAUAACAUAUAUAUUAAUCUUUUAUAAUAUAUCAUGUUUUAUUAAAAUUUUUUGGAGAAAUAGCUGCUACAGAGGAAAUUUCUCCAUUUCUUACAUUGUAUCUUUGAAGCCUCCAUGACAAAAAAUUAUAAACUUUGUUAAAUAGCUGAGAUUAAGAGAACAUAUGUAAAAAUAUUAUCAACACAUUCCCAAAAGGGAUACCACCACUCUAAAUACCUUCUUCCCACUGCAGACAUAGAUAAUUCAUGCUUUACCUCUAUGCUUUGUUGUGAUUUCCCAACACCUUCCUCCAACCAGAGAGUAGCAGUUAGAUUUCAAAGAACAAUAAAAUAUGUUCUGUCUUCAUUGUAAAAGUUAUUCUCAAUGCCAAAAACUGUUGAAGUAUUUUUUUCAUAAUGGCUCAUUUAUAAUUAUCUGAAUAUUCCUCUGUAUCCAUGGGUUUUACAUCUGCAGAUUUAUCCAUCUGUUGGUUGAAAAUAUUCAGGGAAAAAAGUUGCAUAUGUAGUGAAUAUAUAAAUUUUUUCUUAUUAUUAUCCCCUGAAUAAUACAAUCUACCAAUUAUUGGUGUACCAUUUACAUUGUAUUAGGUAUUAUAAAUAACCAAGAAAUGCUUUAAAAUACACAGAAGUAAGUGUGUAGGUUAUAUGCAAAUACUAUAUACCUUUUUAUAUUAGGGACUCCAGCAUUCACAGAUUUGCUAUUCAUUGAGGGUCCUGCAAUGAAUCCCCCAUGGAUGCCAAGGGGUGACUGUAUUUUAAAUUGUUUCUAAUAAUUUUGUUAGUUCUUAAGGAUGAAUGCUUUCAUAGUCUUCCUCAGGUAUCCAUUACAAUUCCCUUUGCCAUUUGAUUUUAAUAGAAUUCAGAUUAUAAUGAUCCCAAUAAAUAAAAGCAAAAAAUUGAUUUCUUGUUUUAAAAACUAUGUGUUCAAAUUUGAUAAGCUAAAAUAACCUUUAAAACACAAAGUGAUAUAUGUAAUACAUGAAUCAUAAAGAAUUCUUUUAUAAGAUAUAGUUUUUUAUGAUUUAGUCACUUAGUUUGAUUAUAUAGACACCAAAUAUUUUAUUGCCCCCUUUAAGGACUAAUGUUGUCAAAAACUGCUGUUAUUAAUGUUUAUCUAAGUUGUGUGUUACUUUUUUGUUUUAAGAUGGUAUGAUUUGAGAAACAACUAUUUUCUUAUAUGGAAUAGAUAAUUUUCACCUAAUAAAAGCGUACAUGAAAAUA